AUGGAGAAGAUCCAUAAAUCAAGUUCUUUGAGAAUUAACCUAAGCGAGCUAUUGGUGAGUUUAACGAAUGAUGUGAUAUCUAGAGUUGCUCUGGGACGGAAAUACAGCAGUGAAACGGAUUCUAAGGAGUUAAUGAAAAGGCUCGUGAGGCUACUGGGCGAGUUUAGUGUGGGGACUUAUGUACCGUGGCUUGCAUGGAUUGAUUGGAUCUCUGGUUUGGAUGGACAGCUAAAAAAGACAGGCAAUGAUCUUGAUGAGUUCUUGGAGAGAGUUGUGCAAGAUCAUGAAUAUGGCGACCACCGCGCUGGGAAUGACUUUGUGGAUGUGUUGCUUGCAAUUCAGAGAGAGAAGAGCUUCGGGUUUGAAAUCAACCGGUUAAGCAUAAAGGCUAUCAUCUUGGAUGUUGUUGUGGGUGGUACGGAUACAUCUUACGCACUUAUGGAGUGGGCAAUGACAGAGCUUCUUCGUCACCCAGACUGUAUGAACAGACUCCAGGAAGAAGUCCGCACGAUUUGUAAGGGUAAAUCAAGUGUACCAGAAGAAGACAUUCAAGACAUGAAGUACUUAAAAGCUGUGAUCAAAGAGACAAUGAGGCUACAUCCUCCAAUUCCAUUGAUGUUUCCUCACGAAUCAACAGAAGAUGUCAGAUUAAGAGACUACAGCAUACCUGCUGGUACGCAGGUAAUGAUCAAUGUUUGGGCGAUCGGGAGAGAUGCUGCGUCGUGGGGACCAGAUGCAGAGGAGUUUAGACCGGAGAGACAUUUAGAUUCAUCAGUUGAUUUCCGGGGUCAGAAUUUUGAGCUGAUUCCAUUUGGAGCAGGGAGAAGGAUUUGCCCAGCAAUAUCAUUCGCUGUGGUCUUGAUUGAGGUGGUUUUGGCUAACUUAGUGCAUCAGUUCGAUUGGAGAUUACCAGUUGAAUAUACAGAAGAUCAAACCAGUGUCGCUGAAUCAACCGGUAUGGCGAUUCACCGCUUGUUCCCUCUUUACGUCACUGCAUCAUCUACUACUUGA